GCAAAUCAAAUCACUGUUUGCUUUGGAGGGGAGGAUGUUCGUAUUAUUGGGAUAUGGGGAAUGCCUGGUAUAGGCAAAACAACUCUUGCUCAAGCUAUAUAUGAUGAAGUCUGUGGUCAAUUUGAAAGUUGUUACUUCUUGGCAGAUGUUAGAGAGACGAUUGGAAAAUAUUGUGCAAAUGCAAUCACUAUGCGGGAUCAACUUCUUUCCCAAUUAUUGAACCAGCACGGCCUCCAUAUCGGUACUCCUAGAAUGCCCUUUUUCAUUAAGGAUAGACUCCGUCGUAAGAGAGUUCUUGUUGUCCUUGAUGAUGUCAAUGAUUGGGACCAAUUAGAAAACUUAGAAAUUAGCCACGACCACUUUGGUUUUGGUAGUAGAAUCAUUAUAACAUCCAGAGACAAACAAGUCCUUACAAAUGGAUCAGUUGAUGGAAUAUAUGAGGUUAAGGAAUUAAGUCACAAUGACUCUAUUCGGCUCUUUUCUAUGUAUGCCUUCAAGCAAGACCACCUUUUUGAUGAUUUGAAGGAUCUAUCAAAUAAGUUUUUGGAAUAUUCUAAAGGCGUUCCACUAGCUCUUAAAGUCUUGGGUUCUACAGUUUGUAAUAAGGACAUGGCAUAUUGGGCAAGUGCAUUGAAUAAAUUAAAGCAACAUUCCAAUCCGAAAAUUCACGAUGUGCUGAAGAUUAGCUUUGAUGGGCUGGAAGAUGUAGAGAAAAAGAUAUUUCUUGAUAUCGCAAUUUUCUUUAAAGGGUAUGGUAGAGAUAGUGUAACAAAAAUACUAGACGGUUCCUAUGAUGAGACUGCUUAUUGUGGAAUUACCAACCUUGUUGAUAAAUGCCUCUUAGAUGUUAAAAAGAACAAGCUUGGCAUGCAUGAUUUGCUACAAGAGAUGGGUAGAAAAAUUAUCCGUUCAGAAUCUCAAUGGCCAGAAGAACGCAGUAGAUUAUGGACUCCAAUUGAUGUUCGUAAACUGUUAGAGAAUGACAAGGGGACGAAAUCAGUGGAGGGAAUAUUAUUAAACCUGUCUCAAAUUAAUGAAGUACAGUUACAUCCACAUACUUUCGCAAGGAUGCCUAAUCUUAGAAUUAUCAAAUUCUAUAAUCCUACUUUAUCUAGGGAGAGUGGUAUGUUGGUUCCUUCAGACCAGGGUCUUGAAUCUCUUCCUGAUGAGUUAAGGUAUUUUCAUUGGGAGAAUUGCAUGCUGAAAUCUAUACCGUCAAAUUUUAGUCCGAAGAAUCUUGUUGAAUUAAGAUUGCGUGGUAGCAAUGUUGAACAACUUUGGAAUGGAGACCAGAAUCUUGAGAAUUUAAAAGUGCUUAGUCUUUCGUUUUGCAAGAAUUUAACCAGGAUUCGAAGUUUGUCUGCAUUCAAAAAUAUUGAACGACUGGAAAUUAAUGGAUCUCCACAGCAUAUCGAAGAGUUGACUUUAACAUGCACUGCAAUAGAAGAAAUUCCGGAGUCAAUCGGGUUUCUCCAUCAACUUGUUCGUUUGAAUAUGAGUGGUGGCCGAAUUCAUAAUCUUCCAAGCGCCACUAUUCAGUUGCAUGCCCUUAGAAAAAUCUUUCUCGAAAGUUGCCCAAACAUCACAAAUUUUCCGAUUGUUCCGGAGAACAUAGAACACUUAUUUUUGGGUUACACUCCAAUAAAAGAAGUGCCUUCAUCAAUCUCAAGGCUUAAAAACCUUGCUUAUUUCAGCAUGUAUGGCUGCACAAGGCUUAAAAGCCUUCCAACCAGCAUUUGUAAGUUAAAAUCUCUUGUAUCACUAGAUCUCGGUGGCUGUUCAAACUUAGAGUGUUUCCCAGAAAUAUUAGAGACUAAGCGUCUAAAAUAUCUUGGUUUAAGGGAAACAGCCAUAACAGAGUUAUCCUCGACUAUAUUUCGGUUUGUCCCUUUGGAAGGAUUGGAUCUAUCUGGAUCAGAUAUAGUGGAAAUUCCUAAGAGUAUCAAACAACUUUCUAAUUUACAGUAUCUAUAUUUAUCUAAUUGUGGGAACCUCGAAUCAUUGCCAGAACUUCCACCAUGUUUACAUAGUUUAGUAGCAGGAAACUGCAGAUCUUUAAAGAGAGUUCCCCAGUGGGAACAUGCGCAUUUUAUGGAAGCUGGGACAUUUUUAUUAUCUCAUCAAUUUGGCAACAGUGAAUUUGUAUUCAAUAAUUGCUUCAAUCUGGACGGGGAUGCAGUCAACAACAUUGUGGCUAAUGCACAGCUUAUAGCUCAAUGUACGGCACAGGUGUUUGCGAUCAAAUCUUCUGAAGUUGCUGCUAUAAUUUUUCGUUAUAGUAAUGGUUUCCUUUCUUGUUUCCCUGGAAGUAAAAUUCCAAAGACAUUCAAGAAUCGGAGUAAAAAUUCUUCAAUAACUGUCAAGUUGGGUCCAGCUUGUUCUAGUAAAAGAUUUUUGGGCUUUCUUCUAUGCAUUGUGGUUAAUUUUAAGGGCCCUCAUAAAUUCAAAGUCUGCGGCGGUAGUUGCCAAUAUCUAUUAACAACCGAGCGCCUUGACCGCCUUGACCGUGAUCCUCUCGAACUUACUCAUCAUUGGAAUUGGAAUGUCCCUUUCUGUCAAAGCUUUGAUUCGAAUCAUGUGAUCCUUUUUGGUAGUGGUUUUGGAAGGGAGAUCAAUGAAUCCAUAAACAACCAUUUUGAUGAGGCCUCCAUUGAAUUCUACGUUACAGCUUGGGAUUUUGAUUCCAAUGUUGAGCAUAUCAUAGUGCAAAAAUGUGGUGUCAAUGUAUUAUAUGAGGAUGCUGUCAAGAUCCAAUGA